GGGAGCGGAGAUGAAGCUCUGGGACGCCAGGAUUCUGAUUCGGAUCCUGCUCCUGCUCCUCCUGAUCCACGGGUCUAUUUGGCUGUUUCCCGCCGUGAGGAUCCAACUGAGACAGAGCCUGCAGGGGACCCCCGGUCUAGGCCCCGGCCCCGGCCCCGGCCCCGGCCCCGGCGCGGUGGAGCUGCCCGACGGGACCUUCACCUUCCGCUUGGAUCCCGCCGCCUUCCGGGCCGAGUUCCCCCAGCUGCAGAGCUACCGGUGCCGGGAGCUGAUCCCAGGGGACGGGGUUUGCACCGGGCCCCCGGGGCCGCCCCUGCUGCUCCUGGCCGUGAAAUCCCACCCAGCGUCCAGCGCCAGACGGGCCACCGCCCGCCGCACGUGGGCCCGGCCUGGGGUGCUGGGGGGCUACCGGGUCCGAGCCGUCUUCCUCGUGGGGGUGUCCCCCAACCCCCGGCACAUGGUGCUGCUGGAGGAGGAGAGCCAGGAGUUCGGGGACGUGGUGCUGUGGGAUAUCGGCGAGAGCCACCACAACCUGUCGCUCAAGGAGCGCUGCUUCCUGCGCUGGGUGGGGGCGCGCUGCGGGCAGGCGGAUUUCAUCUUCAAAGGGGACGACGACGUGUUUGUGAAUCCUCCCGCCAUGGUGGCUUUCCUGCGCCAGAUGCCCAGCGCCUCCGACCUCCUCCACGGCAACGUCCAGCGCCAUGCACGUGUGAUGAGAGGGGGGAAAUAUCGCAUGGCCACCGCCCUGUUCCCCCAGGACACGUACCCCCACUUCCCCUCCGGGGGCGGGUUCCUCAUGCCCAGGGCCAGCGUCCCGGCCCUGGCCGCGGCCUCCGAGCGCAUCCCCGUCUUCCCGCUGGACGACGUCUACUUGGGCUUCCUGGCGCUGGCCGCCGGGCUGGGGUACCGGCACGACCCCCGAUUCCGGGUGUUCGGCAUGAAGGACGAGCUGUGUCUGUACGGGGAGGCCUUCGUGGUGCAUGGGGUGUCGCUGGGCAGGGUGGAGGAGGUGUGGAGGGGGUUGUACACGGAGCGACGGUGCAACGGGAUGGGGCCUCUCCCCUCUUAGGGGGGCAGGGAAUGG